AUGAGAGAGCGAACACAAUUAGCACAUGAAAAAGCGAAAAUUGAAGUUUUUCUGAACGAUAGCGAUCCAAUUCGCUUCCAUGCACAAUAUGGUUUCCACUUAACAUCAACGCAAUGUGCAUUAAAUGAAAUUUCAUUUCUUCGUCUUCUUCUUUGCCAUCAUCAACUUCAUCUCCGUUUUUCUAUUCCAUUUUACUAG